CCGGGGUACGGUGACCUCUGUGCCGUGACGUCACAAUUUCUUCCGCCAUUUUAGCUAGACAUCGGCCAUUUUCUGGUGACACGUCUACGAUCCGACGAAAUCCGCGGGAAUCGACCGACAUUUUACUUUCCUGAGAUUCCAAACAAGCCACAAAGAAUCCCAUCUAUCAAGAUGUGGAAGAUUCGUGAAAUCACGGACAAAGUCACCAAUGUGGUGAUGAACUACUCGGAGGUGGAAGCGAAGGUCCGAGAAGCGACCAACGAUGAUGAGUGGGGCCCACACGGCACGCUGAUGGCAGAGAUCGCCAAGUACACCUUCACAUACGAACACUUCCCUGAAGUCAUGGGCAUGCUGUGGAAAAGGAUGUUACAUGACCCCCAGAAAAACUGGAGGAGACCCUACAAGUCGCUGCUGUUGCUGUCGUACCUUGUGAGGAACGGUUCGGAGCGGGUGGUCACCAGCGCCAGAGAACACAUCUACGACUUGCGCCAGCUGGAGAACUACCACUUCAAGGACGAGCUGGGCAGAGACCAGGGAAUCAAUGUUCGUCAGAAAACCAAAGAUUUGAUUGACUUCAUCCAAGACGAUGAAAGACUCAGAGGAGAAAGGAAAAAAGCUAAGAAGACAAAGGACAAAUACAUUGGCAUGUCCAGCGAUGCCUUCGAAGGAGGUGGCAGCAGAUACAAAAGGAGCCCUGAUGGUGACAGGUAUGACCCGGAACCACGUAACCCAAGUGCCAUGAAGGAGUACGACGAUGAGAUUGAGAGACAGAACCGUACUCGGCCCAAGUUCAGCCUCCCCGCCCGCAUCUUUGAAGACUCACCAGCAGGAAGUGUAGGAGAGUCUGACGAGGAUGAAGGUUAUGCAGAUGAGCCCACGAACAGAAAAGGAAAGAAAUCGUGGAAAAAAGAUAACGGCAGCGGAGGUGGAGGGGAUGAGGAUGCAGAGGAAGCAUACAGCGAUAGUGAGGACAGGGGGAGUAAUUCAUUCAAAGAUGAAGAAACGUACGAAUCCCAUGAAACAACGAUGACGACGAGAAAAGAGCGCGUGACCAAGAGGACAUCAAGAGGCAAAAUUGACCUGGGAGCAGCGGCCUCAUACGGGAAAACUGCAGGAAGAACAGAGGAGGCAAAGGAGACAAAUGCUGUUGCAGCGAAGCCUAACAACGACCUUGACCUUCUUGUGGACACUGCUCCGCCCGUCAUGCAGCCGACCAGUCCUGCCGGCUCCUCGUCAGGGUUCGCCAACUUUGCCGACUUCAACUCCGCACCCGCGAACGAUGGCUUCAACCCCCGAGGCAGGACCGUUUCUCAAGCAUCUCAGGGCAGUGAUUUUGGUGCAUUCCAAGCAGUUCCAACAAGUCCUCCGGAGCAGUCCUAUGCAGCAUUCCAGUCCACAGAGUUCUCCUCCACCACGUCCACCAACCUGACGUCUGCCAACAUGAGUAACCAGGCACUGCUGGGGGCCAUGAUCACACCACAGCCCAUGCAGAUGAUGCAGCCCUUGGGGGCCCAGCCCCUUCAGCCCCAGCCUGCCCUGCAGCCGACCCAAGCUCCCCAGUUCCCAUCUCUUAACGCCCAGCCUUCUAGUUCUACUCCUGCUGCCACUGCCCCUGAGGCAGGCACGCCGCAGAAGCCAGUAGCUCGACUGUGGGCCAACACUAACGUCAACAUUAACCUGGACAACCUGAGCCCAGGACGGCAGCCAGAGAGACCGGCCCAGCCCAGUAUGAACCAACUGGCUGGACAAAACCCCAUGGGUGGAAUGCCGGCGGGCAUGACGUCGCCUCAACAGAUGAUGAGCCCAACCAGCCCCAUGAGAGGCAUGCCCGCCAACAUGGCCCCCAUGCCCUCCAACAUGGCCACCAUGCCCACCAACAUGGCCCCCACUGCCCACCAGCAUGGGUCCUAUCACAUCAGGGAUGGGCAACAUGCAGCUGGGCAGUACCCCCAAUGAUGAACCCCAUGAUGCAGCCAAAUAUGGGCAUGCAGCAGCCAAAUAUGGGCAUGCAGCAGCCCAUGAUGGGCAUGCAAGGCACCAUGGGAAUGCAGCAGCCAGGAAUGGGGAUGGGCAUGCAAGGCACCAUGGGAAUGCAGCAGCCAGGGAUGCAGGGAAUGGGGAUGCAAGGCACUAUGGGAAUGCAGCCAGGAAUGGGAAUGGGUGGAGGAAUGGGAGCAGUACCAAACCAGAUGCAACAGAGACAAGACAAAGCAUUUGCUGCCUUUGGAAACUUCGGGAAAUGAUGUAACAAUGGUACUACAAAAGUACAUUUCAGAGACAUUUUUCUGUAACAUUUUCUUAUCUCAUAGUAUUAGAUUAAAUGUAUUGGGCUCAGAAAGAAAAUUGGGUGAAAAUUUCCACAGCAGAUGAUAGUGCCAAUAUCAGGUAAGAUGUCAGAAUUUACUCGGAUUGGAGGUAUAUAGAAACAGAAACAUCUCUUUAAAGAAAGGAACACAACAGACUUUUGAACUAGUUCCAAUAUGCAUGGAAGACAUUUAAAUUAUGCAAAAGAGAAGGUUAGUCAUACUAGGGUCCACAGAAAAAUGUACACAACAGCUUCAUAAUUCAAAAUUACAACCUGAUGAAGUUUAGAUUCUCAUUCUGAGCAGCAAAAGUGAUGACUUUGGCAAUGCCUGUGGGUCAGAGCCUUUUAAACAGAAAUUGUAAUUGUUUAUCCGUUGUUUCUCAUCAUUCUGCCACAAUGGUUGUGGAGUAACUGCAGCUUUGUAAGGAGAAGAAAAUGUUUUGUACAUGAAGUUCUACGUGUUGGACUGUAGCAAGCAGUGCUGGAAGUGCCUGUCUUAGGCCAUACAAAUUUACUUCCUUGGUUCUGAUAUUUUUUAUCAAAACUGCAAGAGGACAUGAAAACAGAGGGCUAGGAGAAAAAUCUGCAGACAUAACCUCCAGACUCUGUUUUCAUAUUGAUCUACCACUUCAGCAUUGUUAGUUUUUGAAUCUGAGAACUAACAAAAUUGGCCUUUGUUCAGACUCAGAGAAAGGGAUGAAUGCAUCAGGAGUCUUAGUAACUGAGGAGGAUUGUGAAUAAAGUGAUUAGGAUUUGUGAUGAGGGUAAAUGUUCCAUACAAUGUAUGGACAAUCUUCUGACAUGCCCAUAUUAGGAACUCCAAUGAUAGUACCAAUUACAUGUAGAAAUUAGCAUGUGGCUGUUUUAAAUACUUGUAAUUACAGAAAUAUUGUAUAUAUAUUCAAAGUUAUGUACCUGUACAGUCAAAUCUUGGUAAUUGUUACAUGGUUAAUGAUGAUAAUAAUGAUAAUGUUAAGAAAACGUCACAUUGUAGUGUAGUCAUGCAGAUCUAUUUUUCACAUGUCUGUUUUGUAGCUAGUGUUUGCUAUAAUAAUUCUGGCACAUUCCAGGAAGAACUCUUUAGGGGUAGUCUCAAAUCUUUAUGUGCAGGUUCCAUACCAAAUCAGUUUUAAGCGACAAUUUUGACAAAGCACACUGCAGGGGUGUUAGGGAGUGAUGGGAAUCGCGUGUGGUCACAUAUUCUGCUGGUGUUAUUCAGUGUGUCUGCUUGGGAACUGCACCUAGUUUCUUGUUGGUCAGCCUAAAUGAAAAACAGCACUUCUAGAACAAAACUGGUAGUCAAUCCCUCUCAAGAUGUAGAAUGGACAGGUAGAUAUGUGGUUACCCCUGACACACGCUAGGAAAACAACAAGGACUUGUUCAAGUGCAUCAGCAACAAAUGUCCCGUUUCAAUCAUCUGUCCAUUGUGUGUGAAGAACAAAAGUUUUAUGCUAACUACUUAUACCUGCAGGUUGGGAAUUUAAAGUUGAAAUAGUUGACCAUUUGUAUCUACAACAUCUCAUCUAUCACUUAGUCUAGUUAUUUGUGUGGCACCACAGAAGAGCUGACAACGAAUAUCCAAUCUUGGUUUUCUGUUCCUAAUGUUUCACUAAGUGUCGUGCCAGUGCAUUCUCUGAUAAGAUCCUCCCAUCUUUUCCAUUUCCUACCCCUCCUUCCUACCUGGACUGUUCUUGUUUGAUGGUUUUGGCUGGUCCUGAUGACCGUAACAUGUAACCAUACCACUUCAGUUUCCCACAUUUGGUCACAGAACGUGGGAGAGACAUUGCCUAAUCUGACACGAACGUGUAAUGAUGGGCAAACCACUUCAGUGUUUCCGUUGUUAUUGUCACUAGUGUGCAGGAAAAAAAUGAAGCCAGCCUGUGCAAUUUGGGCAAGACUUUUCCAGCUACACAUAUCAGGAUUUCUGUCCACAAAGUCGUGAUUAUUAACACCUCACAAGUGAAUUCAUUCUUAGUUUCUUUUGUGAUGUUACAAUCAAUAUGUUUACUGGACAAUAUGAUUAUAUUAAAAUGCCACAAAUACAAUGAGUUUUUUUGUCCACGUUCCAACGCUAAUUCUUUGUUCUGAAUAAAUAGGACGAUUUUA